UUCUACACAUUAGACACGGCCAGAGUAGAGUAGUCUUGAAAAUAAACUGUUUUUCGUCGCUUUCGUGCUCUCUCGCGUCGGAGUUUUUUUCGAACAAAAAAAAAUAAUUUUUGUUUCCUAAUUAAGUUUUAUAAUUAAGAUUAAUUGAAAAAUUAUAGGUGUUUUUUUUUUUUUUAAUUGAAUUAUAAUUAACACACGUUAAAAAACAAAAACCAUUUCAGUAUUAUCCAAUGAAAGUUGUAGUAGAAUUUUAAGUCCAAAAAAAAAAAAAAAAAUCAUUGAAAAAUUCGUCUCGUUUCGAUGUGAAAAAGAAAAAAAAAAUUCAACCAUACGCAAAGAGAAAGACACGAACGAAAAUACUUGGAAGGAAGCUGCUGCACCAAGCGAAGAAAAGCCAAAGAAAAGAACACGAAAAUAUAGGAGGCCACCAUCAAAAAGAAACACCGAAAAUAAUCAAAAAUAAAAAAAGAGAAAAGAGUUCUUCGACGACGACCAAAUCCACACAUCCACACAAGAAGGAAGCAACCAACACUCGACCGUAGUAGAAACAACUCAUAUCGGUUUGGUCAGGCCAAAGGAGUGAAGAAAAAGGAAAAGGCUAGAGAAACAAAUCAAAUAUUCGUUCGUUCGACGACGACAAGGAGGAGAAGUGUGUUUGUGUGUGUGCGUGUGUCUGUGUGUUGCAAGACGACAUCGACACAACGAGGAACGAAAAACGUCGACAUUCGACAGUGCAUUUGUGAGAGAGACAAGAAGGAAACGAGGAACAAGAAAGAAAAAACCAAAAAAGAAGGGAAGCAUUAUGUGGGGUUAAAUUUUAAAUAAAUUUCUAUUCAUAAAAUACAGCAAAAAAUAAUAAAAAAUUAAACUUCUUGCAUUGCACUGCUUUGAUUUUUGAUUCGAAGCGAGAAAGGCCAAAUCGACGACAAGAAGAAAGCGAACCCAAUAAAAUUCCCAAAAACGAAUACAAAAAAAUUGUUGAUCAAAAAGGAACAAGAAAAAGAAAAAUAUCGGAAAAACUUGAUAUUAUUUUGUGCUGCUUGCUUGCUUCUUUUUGGUUCGCAUAAAAGGAAGAAAAUAAGAAGAAGAAAAAGAAGAGGUCAGCCAGCAGCUAGGCACUGGCAGUAGCAAGCAAGCAAAAAAAAGGCGAAUUCAUUUCUUCAACUACGACGGCCGAAGACGAGAAAGAUUUGGAUUUCUAUUUCUCUGUUGGUCUCUUCAAGGGAAAUUUCUUGAAGACCAAAAAUAACCUGCUACAUUGCAGAGCAGGGAUCCACCUAUCCUAGAAUUUUGUUAAUAUUUUAAGUGUUUUUUUUUUUCUGUUCAAUUCGUUUUGUCUGUAAAGAAAAAAGUAAACUGUGAAACUCGUAGUUUUGGUGUUUUUCUUUUAUUUUUAUUUUCCAUUUUAAUGAUUCUUUGAAAUUCGGCCCCAAAUUUGUUGUUAAGUGGGGGCAACAACUCACAAAAAAAAACGACGACAAAAUGUCGUGUAUUUCAAGUAACUUUAGUUCAUUCUUCCUGGACUCUUUAAACGAUCCAUCGGAAUUUGCCAAGUAUUUAAGCAAUGGCGAAAAUAAAGUCCAAUCUUUUGAUGAUUUUCAAGGAUUUGGUGGAAGUAGCAGCAAUGGCAGCUAUAGCAACAGCUCUGCCAGUCUUGGUGGUGUAAAUGGUGAUAGUCCGAUGUAUGUGAAUGGCGAACAACAACAACAACAUUUAGGGAAUCAACAAAUCUAUUCGGGUGGUGUUAAUAGCCAUCACCAUGGUUAUCACCAUCAUAAUCAUCAUCACCACCAUCAACAGCAACAAAACAAUUCACCACAGACAUUUAGUCAUCAACAACAACAGUUGACAACUGCUGGACGAUGGAGCAGUUUACAGAAUAAUCAAGCUACUCCUGGUAAUACUCCUUCAAAUGGUGGUCAUGCUUCACACACAGCAGCAGAUCAUAGUAGCAAUCAUCACCAUCAUCAUCAUCAUAAUAAUAAUCCUCAUGCGUCGCAACAACAACAAGCGACACAUAACCCACAAUCCACUUCCAAUAACACUACUCAACAACAACAACAUCAUAAUCAUCAUUUUGAUGGUUCCUUUGAAUUCUUAAAAUAUCUACGCCAUUCUGGUGAUUAUGGAGAAGAUUCAUCCCAAUCGAAUUCAACACCUGCCCCGCCGGCGGCAACAAACUCAUGCUCCUCCAAUAGUAAUUUAAUUGAUUUAGAUAGUAGUACAUCAAUGACACCACAUAGCCAUCGUACUGGUACACCUUUGGCUGUAGUUGCUGCAGCAGCAGCAGCUACAGUAACUCCAUUGAACCGUUCCUCGCUGGACAUCGACACUUUUGACCACGAUUCCAAGCACAAUUUGUUCGAUUUGCAACACCAGACAAGUAACAAUUCAAAUGAGUCUUCCUGUGACCCGAUGGGCGCCUUUGCUGGUGUCCAUUUAAAUGCUAGUAAUUCGAAUAUAUCAUCCGAAUCGGCAGGCAGUGAUAAUUCGAAUAAUAAUAAUAAUAAUCAAAGCAAUGCUUCCAAACCGUUGGUUAAUUUUAGUAUUAAGGAUAGCUUUGAUGUUCAUCCGGCACACAAGGUCGAAGAGGGCAUCUUUCAGCAUAUGAAUAAGUUGCCAGUGAAGAAAAAGGAUACGCUGAAGCAAUUGGGUGUGAGAUUUACAGGACAAAUGACUUUGGCUGACAAAUCGAUAGUGGUGGAGAAUUUUAUUAAAUUUUGCAAACAAUAUGAUGUGACUGAUCAUCGACCGUUUUUGGCCCUUAACCAAAGCGGUAUGAAUAAGCCGGAGCAAAUAAAAUUUGCUAGAUACUUGGGACAAGGGCUGCCAUCGUUUACACUAUUUUGCAUUUAUAGUAAUUUCAAAAAUCUAUUUUGCACCAAGCGAACUGAGACAUAUGAAAAAGAUGGCUAUAAUUUACAAUAUAUUUUGGAUAAGACCAAAAGCUUCCUAUCGAAGGCAACUGCUGAUCUUAAGAGUCUCACAACAACAAGUGCAUCUAACGAUGGUGUAGAGUUCCCCACUAACAACGGCAACAGCAACAACAGUUCAGUUGUUCUGAAAUCAGAAAUGCCUAAAGUUUUAGAGCGAUUAGUGUUUCAUGAAAACUUUGAUGUUCACGAAACCCAUAGGAUCGAAGAUGGUGUCUGUACGCACAUAGCCCGAUUGCCACCUAAAAAACAGGAACUCCUUAAACAGUUCGGUAUUCAGAGCAAUCAAAGUGUAACCUAUUACGAAAAAUACAUAGUCAUCGAAAAUUUCAUCAAAUUUUGCAAUGAAUAUAAGAUCACAGAUCAUAGACCCUUUUUGGAUUUCCAUGAGAGCGGACUACCCAAGUCGGAACAACUUAAAUUUGUUAGAUAUUUGGGGCAGGGUCUACCGAACCUCACAUUGAAUAAAAUUUAUUUAGCUUUCAAGGAUGUGCUUGGUCUUAAUCGAAUUGAAAAAAUUACAGCAGAUGGAUACAAUUUAGAUGUAAUUCUUAAGAAAAAGAAAAAAAAUCUAUACAAUCGCAUGCAUGCUGCAGUAAAAAUAUGAAUUGAAACUAUUUACAGUGCACAGAGAAAGUACCGAGGCAUCAAAACAGGCGCACCGUGAAAGUAUAGCAUCUUAACAAUUGAGUUCGAUGACCAAGUUGAUUUGAUUGAUUGCAGUGUGCUAAAUAAGUAAUGGGUAGCCCAUUUUUGUUACCCGAUCAAAAAUGCAAAAAAAAAAUAAAAUAUAAAAAAAAAGUAUUUCCUGGGACUGGACCAGAAACUGUUGUGUCUUUGAAAUUAAUGCUAAUAGUAAGUUAUAUGAAAUAAAAUUGUAAGAAAUCAAACGAGCAAAAUGACAAAAACAAAAAAAAACACAAAUAUUUAUUUUACAUUACGUAAGUUAUAUAAACAAUAAUAAAUAACAAAACACACUCGCUAUCAUUAUCAAAUCCAACAUUACACACAUUUAACAUAAACACCAUCGUUAAAUUAAAAAAAAAAAAAAAAAAAAAAGAGAAGCCUAUAAGGCGCGCGCAAAGUAUUUUUAUUUUUAAUAUAAUGAAAUUGUUGAUUAACCGCUAACGCAAUCACUAUUCUAAAUUUAUAUACAUACAUUAAAACAUUUAAUGGCAUUUUUAUAUAUAUCUCGUGUAUUUAUAUACAUAAAAUUUAGUUUUACUUGUUUAAGGAUAGGUAUUAUUGUUUGUAAUUUUUUUUCUUUCCUGUUUUUGAAUUGUAAAAUACCUACUUUGAAGAACUGCUACUAAUUUGGGAAAAUAUUGUUUAUUAAUGAAUAGAGAAUUUAUAGUAAAAAAUUUAACAUUUUAGAAGACAAACAAUUUUUUUGAGGUUGAAAAUAUGUUUUUUUUUUUCCGCUAAAAUAUAGUAAUUUAUUUUGAUAUUAUAUGUAUGUUAACUCUAAAAAUUAUUUGUACAGGCAACUAAGAGGAGUUUGUUGAAACAAAAAUUAAGCUAUAAGCUCAACAUAACCCGUUAUUUGACAGUUUACGCAAGAGAAAAAAAAGAACAUAAGCGUUUAAGUUGAGCCGAAUUACUUCAGUAUAGAAUAUAGAAUCUAUAGUACUUUCAUGAAGUAUAUAGAAUCUAUAGUAGGGGGAAGUGGUCACCCUUCGUACAGUUUUUACUUAUUUUGUUUUAGUUAUUUAUUUACUCACUCCAGUUUCGAGAAAAUGGACUUUAUUUGUAACAUGUAUAUUAUUACACUUUAGAAAAAAAUUUGACACUUCUAAAUCAAAGGCUUAAAUAGUAAUAGCCAUUUUACUGGGAUUAGAUUUUUGUACGAAUCCUCCCCACCCGUGGGGUACCUUCGUACAGCACAUGGGGUACAUUCGUACAGGAUAUUUAAAACGUUAAAUUGACUAACUUUUGAUUUGUCAAAUGCCAAAUAUGAGUUUUAAAACAUUUAAUUACUUAUUAAUUUAUCAAUUAAUUGAACUUGACUCAGAAAAAAACAAAAACAAAUAAAAAACUUAAUUUUUCGCGAUUCGAUGAUUCUGAAACAAAUUAUUAUUUACAUAUAUAAAAAUACCAACCUUAAUUCACUAUAGAAUGCGAAAUACUUAUUAUAGAGGUUUAAAUUUCGUUUCAAUAAAACUGUAACUCCGUGUUUUGAUUGUUAUCUGCUGAAGAAAAUUUACUGGCGGGCAUACGUAUGCGUACGAAUGUGCCCCAUAUUUGACUGUACGAAUGCUCCCCAAGCUGUACAUAAUGCAGAAAAAUCGAUUUUUGAAAAAAUGUACUGAGAUUUUGCAAUAUUUAUAAUUAAAACACAAAUUUAACACUUUAAACAACAAUUCUUCAUUACUGUUUAGCCAAAAACAUACUUAACCUAAACACAACAUGACAUCAAAUGUCAUGCACUUAGGAUUCAAAAUUUAUCUAGUACCUCGGCGCCUACUAUGUGUAUGCACACUAGUAAGCACGUGUUUGAAUACCGUUUAGUUUUUGUUUUAUGCUCACUGUACGAAGGGUGACCGUGUACGAAGGGUGACCACUUCCCCCUAAGUAGUUUGUUCGAUAAUUGAGUGAUCGCGAGGUCGCUUAUAUGGACUUCAGAUUUUUAGUUCGUUGGUUAGCUUACUAUUUUGGGGGCGCUAUUUAUUUGGUCGCCAUGAGAGUACUAUAGAUUCUAUUUAAAAAAGUCUGGCCCUAACUCACUUAAAUUAAAAAUACUAAAAUACGUUCUGAACGAACGAAUUCAAGCUACAUAAAAAUAAAAUUAAUUGAGCUCUUGAUUUUGAAAGUGGGAAAAGUCCAUGAAGAAAUAAGACCUAAAGUUAAUGUUAAAAAUAACCACAAUCUUAAGGUAUCACAUUUGAUUUAUUCCAUUUUCAAAUACAUAUCAUUGGUGGAAAGCAAAAUUGUUCUAAGUCCUUAACAAAUCCUAUGUACUUUGAACAAUUUUGCUUUCCGCUGGCGAUAUGUAUAACGUCUUAAUUGAUCAUAUUUGUUGAAAAAGUGUU